AUUGUUAAAAUAUAAAUGAUGUAAAUAAUAUCGCCCUUAUUUGUACCAAAAAUGCGCCCCCACGAAUACCCGUUGUACCACUUCUCAGUUCUCACCCAAAACUACCUUUCCAAGUUCCAACCAUCCAAUGCUCUCAUUUCCUCUCUCCUCUUCCUCAUUCACCUCCGUCCAACUGAAAUCUUCCAAACGCCUUGCCGGAAACUUCUCUCCUUCACCGGAAACUGUCAGAUUCCGACGCUUUUACGCCGUUGCUGCUACGGCUUCGCCGGAAACCGCUUCCAGUUCAUUCUACGAGGUAUUGGAGAUCUCGAUCGGUGCAACCUACGAGGAGAUCAGGGCGGCGUAUCGAAGACUCGCGAGAUCCUGCCACCCUGACGCCGCCACCCGAGGAGAGAUAAAGUCCCCCGACGAUUUCAUGAGAGUUCACGCCGCUUACACCGUAUUAUCUGACCCCGACAAACGCGCCGACUAUGAUCAGAAAUUGUCGCAAAUUCCCCUGCCGACGGAGAGACCGUUCCCAGGAUUAUCGGCAUCUCCGACGUCGUCUUUCUGUCGGGUUCCCCGGCGAAAUUGGGAGACGGAUCAAUGCUGGUGAUGACAACAUAAUUGUACAAAGUCAAACGGCUUUAGUUUAUUUAAUCCGGUUUGAAAUGGUUUAUGGUUGUAUAAUUACAGUUUAGGUUUAAGCCCUUUAUUUCCUCUUUGUGGUGGGUGUAUUGUGUAUAAUGUAAAUAUUAUGGGUUGAUUUGAGCUCUUGCUGACUAUAAUAA